CCGGGCCCCAGGCAGCAGCAGGCGGCGGGCGGCGCUAAGCUAGGGGCCUCGCUCGUCUCCCUGUGCCGCCGCACCUGGACGCUGCUGAGGGCCGGCGGCCGCAAGGGCUUCCAGAGGAGCCCCUCGGCCGCGCGCCUGGUGGCCAGCGAGGCCUGAGCGCGCGCGGGGGGUCCGGGGGAGUCCCGCCCCUCCGUCCCGGGCACCUCAGCCUCUCCGGAGUGGAGCCUGGAACAGUGCAUCGUGGGAUACGCAGUUCUUAUCUUCACCCUGAGGCAGGCGCAGCGACUCGCUCUUGAUUCGAAGGGGACUUUUACCGCUACCGCGGUACCGUGACACUUUUCUUCUCUCUGCUUAUUGGGUAGCAUUUCUUUCUCAAGCGAACUUUGACCCCUGAGGACCGACAAGUAACUUUGGUACGACGACUGGCCCCAAAGGGGACUCCUUGACGUAGAGGGGGCGGGGCUCGGAAGAGGGCAGAGGCGGGGCUCGGCAGGGGGCGGGGGCGGAGGCGGAGCUCGGCGGGCUCGGAGGCGGGGCUCGGUGGAGGCGGGGCUCAGAGUUGGACGCAGACUUUGCCAGGCCGGGGGCGGGGAUGCCGCGGCGGUGACGGCGGCCAUGGUGGUGACGCAGCUGCAGCUGGAGCUGUGCUACGAGGGGCGGAGGCUCCGGGGCUUCACCUGCAGGGUGACGCGCUCCGCCCACGGCCCCCUGCCCGAGAGCUCCUGGGGCAUCGCCGCCCAGGUGCUGCUGCCCUACCUGGUGGCCGGCCUGGGCAUGGUGGGCGCUGGCAUCGUCAUGGAUACCAUGCAACACUGGGAGGUCUUUAAGAAGAUCACGGAGGUGUUCAUCCUGGUGCCGGCCCUGGUAGGGCUGAAAGGGAACCUGGAGAUGACCCUGGCAUCACGGCUCUCCACCGCAGCAAACACAGGUCAGAUGGACGACCCUGAUCAGCAGUGGACAAUGGUGUGUAGCAACCUGGCCCUUAUUCAGGUGCAGGCCACGGUGGUGGGGUUCCUGGCCGCCCUGGCAGCGGUGGGGCUGGGCGCGGUCUCCAGAGGGGGGGUGGAGCUGGACCAGGCCGCCGUGCUGUGCGCCAGCAGCGUGACCACGGCCUUCGUGGCGGCGCUGUCCUUAGGUCUGGUCAUGAUCGGUGUGAUCAUCGGCUCCCGGAAAGUGGGCAUCAACCCCGACAACGUGGCUACGCCCAUCGCCGCCAGCCUGGGGGACCUGAUCACCCUGUCGCUGCUGGCCGGAGUCAGCAGCGCCCUCUACCAGUACAGAGACGUGUGGUACCUGUCCCCCCUGGUCUGUGCGCUCUUCUUGUGUCUCAUCCCGUUCUGGGUGGUCAUCGCCAGGCGCAGCCCGCAGAUCCAGGUGGUUCUGAGGUCGGGGUGGCAGCCUGUCAUCGUGGCCAUGUCCAUCAGCAGCAUCGGAGGCCUCAUUCUGGACAGGACGGUGAGCGACCCCAAAUUCGAGGGCAUGGCCGUGUUCACCCCCGUUAUUAACGGAGUGGGCGGUAACCUGGUGGCUAUCCAGGCCAGUCGGAUCUCCACUUACCUGCAUUCCUGGAGCAUUCCGGGGGUGCUUCCGCACAAGAUGAGGCAGCACUGGCCCAACCCCUGCGUCACCUUCUUCUCUGCAGGGGUCAACUCCAAGUCGGCCAGGGUGCUGUUCCUGCUGGUGUGCCCGGGUCACCUGGUGUUCCUGUACGCCAUCCACCUGCUCCAGGGCGGUCACGCCGCCAUCACCCUCACCUUCGUCUGCUGCUACCUGUGCGCGGCCCUGCUCCAGGUCGGGAUCUUGCUGUACGUCGCCGACCUCAUCGUGCGGCUGAUGUGGAGGCGGAGCCUGGACCCCGACAACUUCUCCAUCCCGUACCUGACGGCGCUGGGGGACCUGCUGGGGACGGGGUUCCUGGCCAUCUGCUUCCACCUGGUCACGCUGGCCGAGGGGGCGGGGCUGUGAGGAGCCGCCGCGCGUCCCCUGCCCUGCCCCGCCCCGUCCCGCCCACUCCCGGCUUCCUGCUCCAAACCGCCGGGGCGGCGGGAGGGCGGGGCUGCCUGGUGCAUCUCCACCCCAGAUACGGAGCGGCAGAGACCUCACUCGAAUGCGUUCUGCCCUUCAUCAACAAGUUCACUUGCGUGGGGGGGGGCACGACCUCUGACCCUUCUGGACCCCUUAACCUGCGACCAUUUGCAGCGGUCACAUAUCCACAUGCUGUUCAUCUGCCCUCUGCUGCUGAAGGGGUGUGGCACACACACACACACACACAAACACACAUGCACGCACGCACGCACACAAACACACGCGCUUACACACACGCACCCAUAUAUACAUUGCUAAUCCGGGACCGGACACAGACUCUUGCGUACCUGAGCGGGGAUCCUGAAGACCACGGCCAAAUCUACAUCCUCAUUCUGCCUUUAGCUGGAGCAGUUAGGCUUCAUAAUGCAAGCGCUGGUAACAACCCCCCCCCCCC